UUCUCUCUCUUCCCAUCUGCUAUUGUCCACUGAGUUUGGGAUAAUAUAUGUAUGGGCUCAAAUCACCAAUAAUUCACUUUUAGAUACGUUACACGGUUUAUCGUUAAGCAGUGCUGUGUACAACAAUGGCUAGCAAGGAAAGGCUCUUCAAUCCAACUCUAUUGCUUAUAAUUAUCAUGUCAUCCUUGUGGGGUUCGUCAGCGGCCUUAGACACGCUAAAGCAAGGCGAUGUUCUUAAUUCUUCCCAGAACCUCGUUUCUGCCAAACAGAGGUUCACCUUAGGAUUCUUCAGCCUAACUUCUUAUUAUGGAGACAAAAAAAACAGUUACUUGGGCAUUUGGUACACAAAUUAUACGGAAAACAAAGUAUGGAUCGCCAACCGAAACAGACCUAUUUCAGAUGAUUCAAGAGCGUUUCUUACCCUUGACCAUCUGGGAAAGUUGAUGAUCAAUUCCAGUGGAUUUGGAGGUGAUCCUUUUGAGAUAUAUUCUGGUGGUGGAACUGAAAGCACAAGUGUUACUCUACUAGAUGAUGGCAACUUAGUAGUAUCAGAAGUGAACUCCAAUGGCUCUAUUGGAAGGAGCUUGUGGGAAAGCUUCGAUGAUCCCACUGACACGCUUCUGCCUGGGAUGAAAUUGGGUGUCAAUCACAAAACUGGGCGUAAUUGGUCUCUUACUUCAUGGUUGGCAAAAGAUGAUCCAGCAUCAGGAGCCUUCACACUCGAGUGGAAACCCCAGACAAGGAGAUUGGUUAUGAAGCGGCGAGGGGUACCUUAUUGGAGUAGCGGUCUGCAGCUGAGCAGCUCGAAGAAUGUAUCCUUGUUUGAAUAUAUUCACCCCACCAAAGGUCAGGAUUACAUUAUCAAUACGGAUGCAGAAGGGCAGUACUUCACUUAUUCUCUUGACACUGAAUUUGACUCGUUGGAUCAAGCAAGAUCGGCAUGGCAGUUACAAUACUGGGGCCCGAUAAUGGAUCCGAUAAUGGAUAGAAGUAUUUCAAUUAUGAAGAUGAAUUUUUGCUAUGGUUACGGUGUGGAUGAUGAAGGAUGCGAGACAUGGAAUCAACCAGAGUGCAGGCUUAUGGGUCGCCAAACGUUUGAGCAAAAAUCUGGAGUCUUUACACAUAUGGGUCCUGAUGGUCUACCGCAACUUGCAGGUGGUGUUUUUGAUAAAAUACCAACCAUUGGUCCUGCUGAUUGUAGAGAUCUUUGCUGGAAUAACUGUGACUGUCUGGGCUAUAGUGGACAAGAAGGAACUGGAUGCCAGUAUUGGGAAGGAAAUGUAACAUUCAAUCCUGAUGAUGGACGUUCUCGUUCAAGAGUUUUAAAAUAUGUUCUAACGAAAGAAGAUCCUUCAAAUAAAGAUGAUAAGGAAAAUAAGAAAUGGAUUGUACCAGUGAUCGUUUCUGCUAUACUUGUGCUUUUCUUUGGCACCUUCUGCUUAUGGAGGAUAUAUCGACAACGAGUUGACGUUGAAAGAAGGGAAGAGAAACACCUACUUGAGCUCACAACACCUGAUAGAUUAUUAGAUGCAGAUGAGCUUGAAAAAGACGGAAAUGCAAGACAUAAUAUAAAAGUGUUCAGCUUUGCAUGUAUUGUAGCAGCUACAAAUAACUUCUCGCCUGAAACUAAGCUUGGAGAAGGUGGUUUUGGACCAGUUUAUAAGGGAGCAUUACCUGAGGGGCGAGAAAUAGCAAUAAAAAGGUUGUCAAGAAAUUCAGGACAAGGAUUAGUGGAGUUCAAAAAUGAGCUUAUUCUUAUAGCUAAACUCCAACACAUGAAUCUUGUCAGACUCCUUGGAUGCUGCUUUCAAGGAGAGGAAAAGAUGUUGAUUUAUGAGUUCAUGCCCAACAGAAGUUUGGAUUCCUUUCUCUUCGAUCCAACUAAAAAUUAUCUAUUGGACUGGAAAAUACGAGUCAAUAUCAUUGAAGGGAUUGCUCAAGGACUACUUUACCUUCACAAAUACUCAAGGUUAAAAGUAAUACAUAGAGAUUUGAAAGCUAGUAACAUUUUGCUAGACGAAAACAUGUGUGCCAAAAUAUCUGAUUUUGGUAUGGCAAGAAUUUUCGAGCGUGAUGGAUUGGAAGCAAAUACUAAUAGAAUUGUCGGGACAUAUGGUUACAUGUCCCCUGAGUAUGCCAUGGAGGGCAUUUUCUCUGAAAAAUCUGAUGUAUUCAGCUUUGGUGUUCUAAUGCUUGAAAUUGUGAGCGGAAGGAAAAACAACAGCUUCUAUAAUGUUAACGGCCCACUGAACCUCGUAGGAUAUGCAUGGGAGUUGUGGCAAAGAGAUGCUAUGAAAGACAUAAUGGAUCCAACUUUAAAAGAUUCAUGUCCUAUGCACCAAUUGCUAAGAUUCAUUCACGUGGCUCUCUCAUGUUUACAAGAUAGUGCGGCGGACAGACCUACAAUUCUAGAAGUUAUUUCUAUGCUUAAAAAUGAAACUGCGCCACUUCCCAUUCUUAAAAUGUCAGCAAUUUUCACGGAAAGCAAUGUCAAUAAUGAAGAUUUACAAAGAAAAGGGUCAGAAAACUGUUCAGUAAAUGGCUUGUCCAUUUCUAGAAUGGAUGCAAGAUAGAGGUGCUCUCAAGGAUGAUCUUUGGACCACGGUAUCCAAUUUUUAUUGUUCUUUCAUGAAAUUAUUAGAGUAAUAAGUUGUUUUUGAAUACAAGAUAGAAAUUCUACUCUAAUCUAAUCUAAGUAUAUAUGUGUGUGAAGCUCUCUCCUUAAGACUUGAACCCUAACCCUUGCCCCCAACGCCUCAUAAGCACUUAUACUUAUAGAGUGACCAUUGCACCAAGGAUAUGUGGUGGUAGAGUAAUAAAUUGUUAAAGUUAUUAGUUUGUGUUCCUUUGUUGUACUGAAAGAAAUAUAAACAGAGUUUGUCAAAAUUUCUUAUUUA